GCUCUACAGCAGUCGAUACAGUUCGUUAUGACAGGUUGUAAGGUGAUAGUUACUAUCUAUAUAGUGAUUGAAGAAUGAAAAUGAUGACCGUUUUGCACUUCUACGAGUGAUUUCACGUCUUGGUUAGUAACGGUUCACCGCGAGUAACUGCUACAACUGUAACCGUCUUAAACUGGUUUUGACUACAGUUGCCUAGGUCGUUCGUGGCUGUCCCAAAUAUUUUUGUAUAACUAAACCUGUAUAUAACUAGAACUGUUCGAUUCGACCAUGGUGGAGGUUUUUGUUGGGAAAACUCUGCUCAAUAAAGAAGGGGAUCUUAUUGAUCCAGAGGAAACUCUCAGGAAUAAAGUAGUAGGAAUAUAUUUUUCUGCCAGCUGGUGCCCGCCUUGUCGAGAUUUCAUCCCUAGUCUAUGCGAUUUUUACACGGAACUUGUCGAGGAGAGCGAGCCACCUGCACAGUUCGAAAUAGUUUUCAUAUCUUCUGACAAGUCAAGUGAUGAUAUGGUGGAAUAUUAUCAUGACAUGCACGGAGACUGGCUGGCCCUGCCAUGGACGGAUCAAUACAAACAUGAUCUCAAGAACAGGUACAAAAUCACAGCAUUCCCCAAGCUAGUGAUUGUGAAGGAGAAUGGAGAUGUGAUCACAGCCAAAGGCAGGAAACAGAUCCGGGACCAGGGCCUGGCCUGCUUCAGGAGCUGACUUGAGGUGGCCGAAGUCUUCCAGAACUUUAAAGCUUCCUAGACAUUCUAAAAUACAUCAUUCUACAUUCUAGAGCACCUUCCUGCUCCUAACCCAUAGACUGUUCUUAUCUAGCUGUCUAUUCUAAACUUCUGCACUACAACGCAAUACUGUCUAUAUUCUAAACUUCUGCACUACAAUGUAAUACAGUCUAUAUUCUAGAGUCUAUAAUACAACCAUAUUUUACAAUGUAAUACACUACAAUACUGUCUAUAUUCUAAACUUCUACACUAAAAUGUAAUAAUGUCUAUAUUCUAAACUUCUACACUACAAUGUAAUACUGUCUAUAUUCUAAACUUCUGCACUACAAUGUAAUACAGUCUAUAUUCUAGAGUCUAUAAUACAACCAUAUUUUACAAUGUAAUACACUACAAUACUGUCUAUAUUCUAAACUUCUACACUAAAAUGUAAUAAUGUCUAUAUUCUAAACUUCUGCACUACAAUGUAAUACUGUCUAUAUUCUAAACUUCUACACUACAAUGUAAUACUGUCUAUAUUCUAAACUUCUGCACUACAAUGUAAUACUGUCUAUAUUCUAAACUUCUGCACUACUGUUAAGUUUUUCUUCCGAUGAAGGAGAGGCGGACCAAAAUGCAGUGCGGUUAUUUCGAUUAAUCUUUAAUAAAGACGAACCAUACAAAAACAAUAAACGUGAAAACCUAAACAGCCUUAUCUGGUGCAAACAAACACUGAGACAGGGAACAAUCACCCACGAAACAGUCAAAGAAUAUGGCUGCCUAAAUAUGGUUCCCAAUCAGAGACAACGAUAAACACCUGCCUCUGAUUGAAAACCACUUCAGGCAACCAUAGACUUUUCUAGACAACCCCACUAUACCACAAUCCAAAUACCUACAAAACCCCAAGACAAAACACCACAUAAUUAACCCAUGUCACACCCUGGCCUGACCAAAAUAAUAAAGAAAACACAAAAUACUAAGACCAGGGCGUGACAACUACAAUGUAAUACUGUCUAUAUUCUAAACUUCUACACUACAAUGUAAUACUGUCUAUAUUCUAAACUUCUACACUACAAUGUAAUACUGUCUAUAUUCUAAACUACAAUGUAAUACUGUCUAUAUUCUAAACUUCUCCACUACAAUGUAAUACUGUCUAUAUUCUAAACUUCUGCACUACAAUGUAAUACUGUCUAUAUUCUAAACUUCUGCACUACAAUGUAAUACUGUCUAUAUUCUAAACUUCUACACUACAAUGUAAUACUGUCUAUAUUCUAAACUUCUACACUACAAUGUAAUACUGUCUAUAUUCUAAACUUCUACACUACAAUGUAAUACUGUCUAUAUUCUAAACUACAAUGUAAUACUGUCUAUAUUCUAAACUUCUCCACUACAAUGUAAUACUGUCUAUAUUCUAAACUUCUACACUACAAUGUAAUACUGUCUAUAUUCUAAACUUCUGCACUACAAUGUAAUACUGUCUAUAUUCUAAACUUCUCCACUACAAUGUAAUACUGUCUAUAUUCUAAACUUCUACACUACAAUGUAAUACUGUCUAUAUUCUAAACUUCUGCACUACAAUGUAAUACUGUCUAUAUUCUAAACUUCUGCACUACAAUGUAAUACUGUCUAUAUUCUAAACUUCUGCACUACAAUGUAAUACUGUCUAUAUUCUAAACUUCUGCACUACAAUGUAAUACUGUCUAUAUUCUAAACUUCUCCACAACAAUGUAAUAAUAUCUAUUUUCUAAACUUCUACACUACAAUGACAAUAUGUAUUUUUUUCUAAUGAAUAGACAUGAGUGGCUUAUAUUUUCAGAAUACAUAUUUUGAGGCGUUUGGCAAUUUUUUAUAUUUUGUUUUAUAUGACUUAAAAUGCACAAUAAUGAAUAAAUCCUUUGCUGUCUGUU